CUCUCUGUGUGUGUGUGUGUGUGUGUGUGUGUGUGUGUGUGUGUGUGUGUGUGUGUGUGUGUGUGUGUAGAGGAUGUCUGAACCUGCGUACUCGCCUUUCUUCGCUGUGAUGGGCGCUUCAGCAGCCAUGGUGUUCAGCGCGCUGGGUGCUGCAUACGGCACAGCGAAGAGCGGUACAGGGAUCGCAGCCAUGUCAGUGAUGCGUCCUGAGCUGAUCAUGAAGUCCAUCAUCCCUGUGGUCAUGGCAGGAAUCAUCGCCAUCUACGGCCUGGUGGUGGCAGUGCUGAUCGCCAACAACAUCUCUGAUAAACUUCCUCUAUACAGGAGUUUCCUGUACCUGGGGGCGGGGCUGAGUGUAGGCCUGAGUGGAUUGGCUGCAGGAUUUGCUAUAGGAAUCGUGGGGGAUGCGGGGGUGAGGGGGACGGCGCAGCAACCGCGCCUCUUCGUCGGCAUGAUCCUCAUCCUCAUUUUCGCCGAGGUGCUGGGGCUCUACGGCCUUAUUGUCGCCCUCAUCCUCUCCACCAAGUAGAUGUUCCAUCAUGCACCGGGGCAGGAGACACACGGGGCUAACAACAAACCGGCCUCGUCUCAAUACGACCACCACCAACAACAACCUGGAGGAGGAGUGGGGCUGUGUCUCAAUAACAUCUACACCUCUGUCUGUCUCUCCUUCUAUCUCUCCAUCUCUCUCCAUCUCCCUCAGUCGCUCUCCAUCCCUCUCUCUCUCUUCCUCAGUCUCUCUCC